AAUUUACGCUUGCGCUUCUCUCAUUUUCUGUUUUGAAAAUCAUUCGUUUAUUUGGGCUCAAGGAAUAAGGAAGUGUUAAGGAAGUUGCUAAAAAGGCUAAAUAAAAUAAUAAAUUGUGAAAUAUAAAAUAAAGUUCGUUAUUAAAUUUAUAAAAGAAAUAUCUUUUAAAGAGCAUAUAAAAAACAACAACAGAAUUAUUAAAAAAAACAAAAGAACAGUUAUAAAAUUGGCAAAAAAACAAACGUCAUUUAUCUCUCUCAUUUAUUAUUUGUUCUUGAAUAUUUGGUAACUUAGCAACCAAAUUUGUAUUAAAAUCAAAAGCGCGUAGUUAAUAUUUAUUUGAACUUUCUAACAAAUAAAAAUACCAAGGAAAUAUUGUUGCCAAUAUAGCCCAGUACCGCGGCUACUUAACAAAAGAAAACCCCACAAAAGGACUUGAUAUUUAGUGAAAAAUUACAAUUAGUGUAACAUAACCUUACUUUAAAAACGUAACGGACACAUUUUGCUAAUUAAAUUAGAAAACAGUGUUAAAAUUCUUUCAAAAAUAGUAUUAAAGCAUAUGAUGAUAGAAGGAGCAACCAUGUUACAUCAUCCCACCUCAUUGCCACCACCACCCAUUGUUGCGGCACGCAUUAAAGAUGAAAAAACCAACAAUAAUUUUUUCUAUCCCCACAGUAAUCCCAUUGACAAUGCUGCGGCAGCUGCUGCCGCCGCUGCAGCUGGACUCAUCGAUCCACACAAUCGGGAUUUGCGUAAUGCUUUGGUAGCCUCUAUGAAUGGUAAUGUGGCAGCGGCCACUAUUAAUGGUUCUUUGACAACAGCGGCUGUUUUAAAAAGUGCCUCAGCUGCUGCAGCCGUGGCUGCUGCUCAACAACAACAACAGCAGCAACAGCAACAAACAAAUGCUAAUAAUGCCUCACAACAGCAACAACAACAGCAGCAACAAAAUUUGAAUAACACAACUAAUAACACAGUCUCACAACAACAGCAGCAACAGCAACAACAACAGCAGCAGCAACAACAUACACAAGCCCAACAAGCUGCCAUGACCAUUCUUAAUGGUAACACCUCAAAUACAAACAACAAUCAAACAGAUUCCACAGUGAAAACUUCAUUAUCGGGUCGCUCAACACCCAGUAACAGUGUUAAUGGUGCGGCGGGUACCGAUCCAGCACCCGGCAAACUUUUCGUUGGUGGCCUAAGUUGGCAAACAUCUUCGGAAAAGCUUAAGGAAUACUUUAAUAUGUUUGGUGCUGUUACAGAUGUGCUCAUUAUGAAGGAUCCUUUAACACAGCGUAGUCGUGGUUUUGGUUUUAUAACUUUCAAAGAGCCCUGCAGUGUGGAAAAAGUCUUGCAAGUACCCAUACAUACUUUGGAUGGCAAGAAAAUUGAUCCCAAACAUGCCACACCCAAGAAUAGACCUCGCAAUUCCAGCAAAACUAAGAAAAUAUUUGUGGGUGGUGUUGCUCAAGACACUUCAGCCGAUGAGGUCAAAGCCUAUUUCAAUCAAUUUGGAACUGUGGGUGAAACUGUCAUGUUAAUGGAUCAACAGACUAAACGUCAUCGUGGUUUCGGUUUUGUCACCUUCGAAAAUGAAGAUGUAGUAGAUCGUGUUUGUGAAAUUCAUUUCCAUACUAUUAAAAACAAAAAGGUCGAAUGCAAAAAGGCCCAACCCAAAGAGGCUGUCACUCCUGCUGCUCAACUUCUACAGAAACGCAUUAUGUUGGGCACUUUAGCGCCUGGCCAGUUAUUAGGUGCCGGUCCUGGCCAAUUGUUGGGUACUCGUACUGCUGCCGGUCUUACCGCCAUGAAUCCUUUGGCUAUGCUACAGAAUCAUCAGGGUCAAUUACAGUUUCAUGCCACUACACAACAGGCUGCUGCUGCUGCUCAACAGGCCGCCUUGAUUUCACAAAAUCCUUUCCAAGUACAAAAUGCUGCAGCUUCGGCUAUAGCCGCUAAUCCAAGUGGUUUUGGUAAAUUAUUAACUACAUAUCCUCAAGCAGCAUUACAUAGUGUUCGUUAUACUCCCUACCCCAUACCCGCCACAGCAGCAGCUGCCAAUGCUUUUGCUCAAGCCCAACAACAACAGCAACAACAAGUUGCCUCAGCUCAUGCCCAUCAUCAUCAUCAACAGCAACAAAAUGCCGUAGCAGCGGCCCAACAACAUACAGCUGCUCAAAAUUCUGCUGUAGCAGCGGCAGCAACACAAGCACACAAUGCUGCAGCAUUAGCAGCGGCUGGUUCAACACAAGCUAAUGGUGCUCAUGCAGCUACUGCAGUAACAAAUCCUUUGGCUGCCGCUGCUGCGCAACAAGCAGCCCUAGUAGCUUCAAAUCCCUUAAAUGCCGCCACAAAUCCAUAUCAAAGUUAUGCCUUAGCAAAUGUGGAUAUGUCAAGUUUUCAAGGAGUCGACUGGAGUUCAGUGUAUGGCAUGGGAAUGUAUGUUUAAAUCUGAAAUCUACAAAAUCUUCCUUAAUGAAAUAAUACUCUUAUCUAAAAGAAAAAUACAAAAAAAACCCCAAAUCCAGAAAGCCUUAAAAGAAACAACAUUUAAAGACAACAAAGGUAAAGAUUGUUGUGUUGCUUCAUUUAUUUAAACAUUUACAUUUUGUGUAAAGCGGCUUUUUAUUAAGGUAUUUUG